CUAGUUCCGUCAUCAUAUAUACCACCAAACAUAUCAGUUAUUUGCUCUCUCUCUCUCUCUCUCUUUCCUUGAGUUUGUUAUCUUGGGGUGUUGCUUGUGGUCUGAGAACUUGAGCUUUGUCUGGGAGGAAAUGGGCAGGAAGUGCUCACAUUGUGGAAACAUAGGCCAUAAUUCAAGGACCUGCACCACUUAUAGAGGGGCUGCUGUUGGGGGAGUCAGGCUCUUUGGUGUUCAACUUGACAUAUCUUCCUCUUCUGUUGCCAUGAAGAAGAGUUUCAGCAUGGAUUGCUUGUCUUCAGCCUCCCCUUCAUCUCCCUCUCCUUCUUCUUCUUUGUCUUCUUCUAGAGUUUCCAUCGAUGAAAAUUCUGAUAAAACUUCCAUCGGUUAUCUAUCUGAUGGUCUCAUGGGUCGAUCUCCGGAGAGGAAGAAGGGAGUUCCAUGGACAGAAGAGGAACACCGAAUAUUUCUACUUGGGCUGGAGAAGCUAGGGAAAGGAGACUGGAGAGGCAUCUCCAGAAACUUUGUGACUACAAGAACUCCAACCCAAGUCGCAAGUCAUGCUCAAAAGUAUUUUCUUCGACAGGCAACUCUCAACAAGAAGAAGCGACGUUCCAGCCUAUUUGACAUGGUUAGAAGCAGUAGCAUGGCUGGACCUCAUGCCAACAGCUCUAACUCCAGGCCUGCUCAUAUAAUUCCUCAAUUAGGUUUGCAUCAUCAUGCCAUGUCCGUUAAUCUGCCGCAUGGAUUCUCUGAUUCCCAGACAGCAACAUCAAAUGCAGCACAAUCCAUCUCUAGAAAUGUGGCGCCUGAUCUGGAGCUCACGCUUGCCGCCCCAAGGCCUUUAGAAGAAAAUAAGUCAUCCCCAAGAACCCUCCUUAUCAGACCUAUUAGCGUUACUUGACAACUUUCCGAGGCUAGAAAACUGAAGAAAUAACCAUGUUGUCGUUGUUCAGGCUGAUAAAGAUGAAGGAACAUAGUAGUUACUUUAUUAUUUAUGGUAUUUCCAGAGAGUAGUAAAUAUUUUUCUCAAAUUAAUAUCCUUCCUGUUUAUCCAGAUUUAGGCAAUCAGUUUUGUUAAAGAUACAAUUAUGGUAGUAGUUAAUGAUUAUUAGCAGAAUCUUCCUUUUAUUCUUAA